AUGUUUAAAUAAAGUACUAAUAAAAAUGUAGAAUUUGAAGAGGUUUUAAAAGAAGAGAAUAGACCAACUAAGAAAUUAGCAUAAUAGUCAAAAUAGUAGAUAGUAAAUAGAGAAAACUUAAUUAAUAACUCAAAUUAGAUUACAAUAAAUAAUUAAAAUUUAAUUGUCAAGGAUGUUUUAAAGUCGAAUGAAAUUUAAAAAAAUUAAUAUGUACUAUCAAUUCUAGAAAAAGCCAAGAAAAUAUAAGAAAGCAAUUUCUUAUUGAUUAUUGCUAGUGAAAAGUUGAACUUUAGAAAUGAUGAAAAAAAUAUUGAGAUUUUUCUUUUUGACCAUUAUUACAAUCUAAAUAAAAUAAAGAAGGGAAUGUAAAUUAGAUUAAAUGGCGAUUUUAUUGAUUCAAGAGCAAUUAUCUUCACAAAAGAUAUUCAAAAUAACAAUUCAUUUACUCUAGAACCAGAAAAAUUAAUUUCACCAACUACUUUAAAUAGUCUAACAUUCUGUAGAAGGAAAUAGUUUAUUAAAGAUUUUUUUUAAAAUCAAUGUUUUGGAACUACAAUUGAAAUGUUAGGAGGUAAGAUAAUUCAUGAAUUUUGUUAAGACAUAAUUAAAAAUCUUCAAAAAUAUAAUUCAUUAUUUGAAAAUAUUGAAGUAUUAGAUAAACUUUAAAAUGAAUUAAAUUAAAUUUAAUUAGAUUAAAUUCCUUAAUCAUUUAUGGAACCGAUAAGUUUAUUAUAUUAAAAAUAUCUUUCAGAAUUCUACUAUUUAGAAAAGAAAACUAUAACUGCUAUGAUAAUUUUUAUACUUCCUAGUUGUGUUAAUACUCUUAGAUGGAUAUAAUAAUAUAUAAUUAACUAAUAAUCAAUAAAUAUAAAAUAAUAAUAUACAUAAGAUGUAUACUAAAUUUACAUUUUAAGAUGGGUUAGUAAUGAAUAAAAAUUAUCAUCUUCAAUUUAUGGAUUUAAUGGGUUUCCUGAUAUUGUUGUAGAAGUGAAAUUCCGUAAAAAUUUUUAGUAAUUUUAAAAUUGUUUUAUUCCUUUAGAAUUGAAAACUGGCAAAAAGAGUGAAAAUUAUGAAUAAUAAGUAUAAACAUAUUUACUUUUAAUGAAUAACUUUUAUAAAUAAAACAGCUAAUUUGGAUUAUUAGUAUAUUUAAAAGAAUUUGAACAUUCAAUUGUUACUUGUAAUUAAAAGGAAAUAAAUGAGUUAUUUUUUCAUAGGAAUUUAUAUAUAACAGAAUCUUAUAUGUUUGAAAAACCUAUGAAUUGUUAUUCUAAACUCCCUGAUUUAAAAGAUGAACUUUAAAAUGAUCGAUAAGUUAAUAAAUGUAAUAAAUGUGAAUAUAAAUCUAUUUGUUAUGGAUUAAAUAUACUUACAGAACAAUCUGAGUUAACACUUUAAAUUCCAUAUUACGAUUAGGUUAAUUAAUAAUUGUAAUAAAAAUCUAAGGAUUAUUUAAAUGAAAUGUUGAAAAACUUAAGAUUAGAAGAAUAAACUUCAAAUAUUCCUUAAGCAAUUUAUAUUAUUCAAGAGACAAAGGCUCAUUAAGAUGGAAUUCAAAUUAUAUUGUAAUCUAAAAAUUAUUAUCUAAAAUAAUAAGCAAAUUAAAUUUUAUAAUAAUGUUUAUAAGAUAUAAAAAAUAAACAAUAAAAACUAUUUUGUAUCAGAUUAUAACAUAACGUUAAGUAUACCUUAUAAAAAGCAUGGCUUAGUAAAGGUUUUUAAAUAAUUAAUUUAAUUGAAGAUUAAUCAGAUUAAGAGGAACACAAUGUAGAUGAUUUAAAUUUUGAUUAUGCCAUUAGGUUACAGAUUGUUUUGGAAAAUGAAUUAAUUAAUUAAUCAGAAAAUCAUUUACAAAUAUAUGAUGAAUUUAUUUAUAAAAAUUCUUCUAAACAUUUUUUUAAGCAUCACAAAUUUAUCAUUUUUGAAUUGGCAAUUAAUAAAGAUUUCUAUCAAAGAAAAAAGGAGAUUCUUAUAUUUGGAAUGGAACCUAUAUUCAAACCAAUUACUGAAAUAGAUGAUAAUUAAAAAUAUGCUUUUGCAAUUCUUAAGGAAAAGUUUUAGAAUAGUUUAAAUUAAUAUUAAAUUAAAGCUAUUGAAUUAUGUUUAUUGGCUUAAGAUUUUGCUUUAAUUUAAGGACAAUAUGGUAAGAAAAGAAUGUUAAGUCAUUUAUUAUUUUUAUUAGGAUACACAAAUAAAAAAGUAUUAUAUUAUGCUGCUGAUCAAUAAGUUAUAGAUGAGUAAAUUAUAGAUUAUAUUUAAACAUUUCCAAAUGAAAGUGAAUGGGUAUUGAGAUUAUAAGGAAAACAUGAUAAAGUUCCAGAGAAUCUUUAAUAAUAUACUUUUAAUUUUGAAUAAUUUACAAAUUUAACAGAAAUUGAAAAUAAAUUAGAAGAAAAACAUUUUUAUUUUUCAACUUGUUAAUAUUGUACUGAUAUUUUAUAAUCCUAAUCAUUUGAUUAUUGUAUUGUUGAUUAAUCGACUAAAAUUACAGAACCUUAAUGCAUUUCUUGUAUUCUUAAGAGCAAAGUUUUCAUUUUAUUAGAAGAUUAGGAAUAAUAAUAACCAUUAAUCAAGUCAUAAAAAGCUAAAUAAUUAAAAAUUAGUUUGUUUUAAAGAUUGUCAUAAUAAUUUAAAAAUGUUGGUUGUUAAUAAGAGUUAGAAUUUUCAUUUGAAGAAUUUGAAGACUUAAUAUGA